AUAUGCGUAUACUCCUAUACACAUACAUGUGCGGUAGUUGCAAGGCCUACCAUUCCCAUAUACCCUUGUCAGUGACCAUCGCAGCCUCCCAACCUGGGUGUCUUGAGCCCGGUUCCGGGCGACCAACUGGAUAAGUUGCAUUACGGCUCUGAGCAACUGGAGCACAGGAGCUGGAGGACCUGAGCGGCCGGAGGCAGAAUGAAGGGAAAGCGCGAGGUCUACACGGCCGAGCAGCUGUACGAGGAGCUUUGUUCGCGACUCUCCGUAUCCGACAAAUGGCUCGCGGAAAACCACCCUCAGCUGCUGCGGGCUGCGGACGCCAUGGUAGAGUCGCUGCAGAAAAAGGAAUCGUACGGCGGAGGUAUAGCGCAGCGUGCGGCUCACCUCGCGGCGCACCUCAAGGCCACGGACCCCUUCCUCGCCGAGUGGCUCCAGCGACAUAAGCCCCCGCAGCAGCAGGAGCAGCAGACGGAGGAGCAGCAGCAGCAGGUCGAUGCUGCUACUGCCGCCAGCGCGACUCGUGUCCCUGAGGCCGACGCUGCCUCCGCCGCCGCCGCAGCAGCAGCCAACGGUAAUGCUAACGGCAUUCAGCAGAACGGCGGCUGCUCCGCCGCCGCAGCUGCUGCGGAGGGCGGUCUCGCCACAGCCGUCAGUGACGCCGAUGCUGCGGCCGCAGGGGCUGUGACACCCGACCCAGAUGGGGCCGCGGGCGCUGCUGCGCAUGCGGGUGCGGGCGCUGCCAACACAGCAGGCACCAGCGCUGAGGCGGAGGGCGAUAACGGGCAGCAGCAGCAGGAUACUGAGCAGAAGCAGGAGGAGCAGCCCCGACAGUCUCAGCAGGGCAAGAAGCAGCAGGCGAGGAAGGCCGCCGCCCGCAGCAGCCCUGAGAAGGAGCACGGCAGCGGCAGAGGUAGUGGCAGCGGCAGCAGCAACGCCAAGGCGGCUGCCGACAAGAAGGGCGGAGCCGCAGUGGCCCUGGAGUACCUGACAACCACCUAUGCCCACCUCCGCGAGCAGCGCACCCUGGUGAUGGGCGAGCGCAAGGACCGGCUGCUGCGCGAGGUGGCGGCGCUGCGGCAGCUGCGGGGCGGCAGCAUCAACGUGCUGCGGGGCGCGCGGGCGGCGGAGACCAGCGUGGGGGACCUGCUGGCGGCGCUCAAGGCGGCGGACAGGGAUGCGGGGGAGGAGGAGGGGAAGGAGGAGAAGGGGAAGGAGGAGGGGGUGGUGGAGGGGGCUGCAGCAGCGGCGCCGGAGGGAGGGGACCCCAUGGAGGUGGAGGGGGUGCAGGGGCAGGGGCAGGAGCAGCAGGGCUCUGCCGCUGUGCCGACGUCAGCAGCCCCAGUUGCUGCUGCCGCCGGGGGAGCUAAGGCUGAUGCUGGGAAGGCAGCCGCCACUGCCGUGGGCAGCAGCGGCAAGGACAAGAAGAAGGGCUGCGGCGGCACGGGCGGUACGACCCGGCUGCCCGGCUACCUGGACAACCUCACCUGCAUCGUGUGGGAGGACUGGCGGAUCCCCGAGCGGCUGGGCACGCUGCUGCGGGCGGGGGACACCGUGUGUGUGUAUGUGGAGGUGCACUGCAGGGACGGCCCCGAGGACACCCGCCUGGCCAUGAGCCUCAACACCUUCGUGUCACUGGCGCUGUGCUCGCAGAGGCUCAUCGCCGAGCUGUACCAGGACAUGUUCAUCACGCCGCAGCGGGUGGCCGCCGCGCGCCCGCAGCGCAAGCGCCCGCGCACCGCCGCCGAGGAGACGGUUCAGAGCCUGGACGAGUCGCCCGAGUCGCUGGACUUUGUGGACUUUGUGGAGGCGCUGCACCGGCGCAUGCCGCUGCGGUGCGGCUGGAUGUACGCCAACGCCAUCAUGCCCACGCAGCGGGAGUGGGAGCGGGUGUUUGGGACGGAGGCGGGUCGUCUGAGCGGUCUGUACGAGGGCGGUCCGCAGCUGGACGCGCUGGGCCGCGCCUGCCUGGCCUUCCACCGCAACCGCCACGAGAGCCCCGUGCUGGACCUGCAUGCACUGGCGCGCCAGCUGAAGGGGCGGCAGGGGCCGGGAGUGGGAGCAGGAGUGGGAGGAGAGGGGCAGCAGCAGGAGCAGUGCGGCGGUGCAGGCAGCAGCGCAGCAGCAGCAAGCGAUGUUAGAGAUGCCAACCCCACUACCACCACCACCACCACCACCACCACCAACCUCAUCAUACGUGCUCCGGGCGACAGCAGCCGGAUCGGCAUCAGCAGCGGCUGCGGCAACGGCAACGGCCCUAGUGGCAGCAACUGCGGCCCCAGCGGCCCCAGCAGCAGUGCUGGUGCUGAUGCUAGUGCUGGUGCUGGUGCUGGUGUUGGUGCUGGUGCUGGUGUUGGCGGGGUGGAUCUGGGUCACCUGAGCUGCUGCUGCGUGGCCGCCAUGUCACUAGCGGAUGACUUCCUGGGGGAGCUGCUGCGGCAGGCCACCGCGGGGGCAGCGGCGGAGCAGGUGGCGGCGGUGGCGGCAGCGGCUGCUGGAGGUGGUGGCGGCUGCGGAGGCGGCAGCAACUGCAGCAACUCAGCAGCAGCAGCAGCAGCAGUAGGGACGGCAACAACAGCGGGGGUGCAGCGUAUGCAGGUGGAUGCAGGGGGGUGCAGUGGCAGUGGCGAGGGCGAGGGUGUCGGUGGUGGCGUGAAGCUGGAGGAGAUCAAGGAGGAGGAGGAGGAGGAGGAGGGGGGAAAACGCAGCCCUCACAUACCAGUAGCAGAGGGCGGAAGGCCAGCGGCAACCACGAUGGCGGCAGCGGCGCUGGCGGCGGCCAUGGAGGACGACGGGGAGGAGGACGAGGUGAUGGUAGCAGUGCGAGCGGAGCUGAGGUGGGUGGAGGAGGCCUCACGACAAGCUGAGGCGGAGGCCCUGGCGCAGGCGGAGGCGGAGGCGGCGAGGCAGCAGCAGCAACACCGAAAGCGGUCUCAGGGUGGGGUGUCUGCAGGCUGCUGCGGGGGAGCUGGCAACAGCGGGGGCAACAGCAGCGGCGGCAGCGGCUGCUCCAGCUUCCCCGGCGCCUUCUCGCACCAGCUGCAGCUGCUGCCGGGGGUGUUCUUCUCCUACUACAUCGGCAGUCAGGCUUUCACCAACACAUCGUGGCACGUGGAGGACUUCCUGCUGCAGUCCAUGAACCUGAUGCUGGUGGGUCGGCCCAAGGCGUGGUGGUGGGUGCCGCGCGACAAGGAGGCGGACUUCAUGCAGCUGCUGGACGACUACUGGGAGAAGGAGGACAUCUACACCAAGUGUGUCCCGCUGGCUUCCGAGACGGUUGAUAAGCUGAUCAAGAUGGGUGUGAAGCGCAGUGUGCAGCUGCCGGGAGCCAUCUUCAUCACCAGCCCAGGCUACGCCUUCCACACCACCAUGUCAUCCGGCUGGUCGCUGGCGGACUCGGCCAACUUCAUGGCAAACAUUGUGGGCAAGGACAUGCACGUGCUGGAAGACGAGCGGCCGCUGGAGCAGUACCCGGAGACGGAGGGUCGCACCUCGGUGGGUGAGUGGGUGCGCUUCACCAUGCGGCGGAUCGAGCUCAUGCGCGCAUGCAACGACCCGUCGUACAGCCCCCGGCCCAUGACGCGAAUCAUGGAGGAGGCGCUAGCGCGCAAGGCUGCUGCUGCUGCCGGCGGUAAGGGCGGGGAGGAGGGUGAGGAGGAGGCGGGAGGCAGAAGCAAGGCGGAGGGGAAGGGCAAGGGCGGCGGAAACGGAAGCGCGAAGCGUGAGGUGAAGAAGGAGGGGGCUGCUGGGGCAGGGACAGGUGGGGUGAAGAAGCAGUCUGGGAAGAAGGCGGUCAGGAAGGAGCAGCCGGAGGAGCGUACGGCGGCAGGUGCUGCGCAGAAGAAGACGGAGGCGGCAGCAGCAGUAGCUGGUGGUGGCAGCGAGCGGCCACGGCAGCGGCAGCGGUGCGGCAGCAGCCACCCGCAGCAGCAGCAGCCGCAGCAGCCUGAGAAGCCGCAGCAAAACGGAAAGCAGCAGACUCAGGCGGCCGCUGAGGGCCGCCGGCGGAGCGGAGCGCAGACGGCUCGGCAGCGGUCGGCCCCGCAGCCCACGCCAGCUCCGCCGCAGCCGCUACGGCGAGCUGCAUCGGAGGGGCUGGCUGCUGCUGCUGUUGCGGUGGCUGUGGCGGAUGGAAAGGGAACUGCGGUGCGGGCAGCGCAGACCUCGCGGCCUGCACGGGGGCAGAGGGCGCAGCGGGGUCUGCGGGCGCAGCUGCAGCAGCAGCAGCAGGAGGAGAAGGUGCUGAGUGUGCAGCAGCAGGGAGGGGAGGAGGCGCUGCAGGCAGGGGCUGUGGCGUGUGUUGGGGCAGUGGUGCAAGUGGUGGAGGGCGCGCAGGAGCAGGAGGAGCAGCAGCAACCGCAGCAGCAGCUGCAGCAACCCGCGGAGAACAGGGGGGAUCUGAUGGACGUGACGGCCAGCCUGCCGCAGACGCAGGAACAACCCACCCAGCCACCACCACCAUUGCAGCAAGCCGAGCAGCAGGAGAUGUCCCUGCCCCUGCUUCAGCCGCAGCACGCCCAGCAGCAGCAGGAGGCGGAGGGGGCUGUGGUGGUUGGGGAGGCGGGGACGGAGAAGGACGGGAAGCAGGAGGAGGAGGGGCGUGCCGUGUUGUGCAUGGAGGCCCCCCAGCCUGCUGCUUCGAGGCCCGAGGAAGAAGAGGUGGCGGAGGUGGUGGGUGGGGUUGUUCCGAUGGAGGUCCAGUGGCGGGUAGCUGUUGCAUGAAUGCGGGAUGAGGGCAUGAGGAGGGGUGCAUGAGGACAUGAGGAGGGGUGAUGGGGGUUACACUCCCGCGAUACGCCCGCCUGCCGUCAUGAGAGUGCUGGGCAGUGUGCUGGCAGUAACAGGUAGUGGUGAAGGAUGAGUCUCGAACGUCAGGAUGGAGCCUGGGUUGUGGCUGCAGAGUGCUGUGCUACUGGUGCAACAUCUGUGGCAGGCUUGGGUUGCAGGAACGGUGCUAGGGUUGAGAGGAGCAGUGGCUAUUGGCGAGUUGAGUGGCAUUGCCCGGCUGGAGUUGUCUUUUAAUAGGUCACGUGUGUUGGUUAAGAGGGAGAAGGGGGCUUGCAAGGGCUGAGGGCAAACGUAGUGCAGUUGUCCCACGCACUAAAGGGUCCGCCAAGCUAACAGAACGGGCUUGACACCGAGCUUGGCGCCUACUGGUGCAAGUCAGAGCCUGGUCGCUGGCGCAUGCGGACCUAUCCUGGCUUUUUGGGGGAUCCUGUCGACGUGCUGCUAGUGGAGAAGUAAAAGCGACGUAACGGGUUUCCGUACAACUGCAUGGACGAAGAGUGCAGGUUAGUGUCCCUGACGCGCGGCGUGCGUUGAGACUGUCCUUGACCGUUGCUUACGGCGUUUUGACUCCAUGUUACCUCCACCUGAACCUGCGUGGCAUGCAUGGGUGUCCGUGUGUCUAGCACGGCAUCUGCGCAUGUCAUGUCGGAUGGGGCGCUGUUCGGGUGCGGUGGCGGACACCCCACCCUUGACGAUGCUUGCAUGGCUUAUUGACGCGUUUACGGUGCAUUGGUAUGAAUAGAUGACGUACAAAGAGAGAAAGUGGCUGGUAUGUUGCAUUUGUGCUGCCUAGGGGGUUAUAUGUUGGUUUUGUACAUAGAGGUUUGCCCAAGGCACGAAUUGGGUGGACGCGACGGUAUGCAUUCUUGUCAUGAAACGACAAGCUGGGAAUCAGUACGGUGAUGCUCGUCAUCUGAGAGCACAGUAAUAGCUGAUGUUUGGUGGGUUGUCCCGACAAAAACGGGCAUUGUAUGGGUGGGACGAAUGCGCAUGAUGCGUCGACUUAGCGUAAUAGGCGGAAUCAGCCGCGUUUUGUGGCAUGGGAUGGGUGGUUGAGCAGUCAUGCUUGCCACGACAUCCCACGGCGUCCCUGGCUCGCUAUGAACCUCAUGCUCCCUUGGCGCGUUGUAUGCAAGCAACAUUGGCUGCAAGUGCCAUGUGGAGUUGAAGCAUGCCUUUGGUAUACACAGCUAUGGCACAUUGCAAAGUGUGACGGGACUGUAAACGUUGCCAACUUUCCCGAAGAA